AUGGCUAUUAUUGGACAGGUAUCAGAGAAACUAAAACUUGGAGCCAAAACAGCGAUUGAUAUCGAUAAGCUUCGUGAUGGCUACAGACCUGCAGCSAAACUAGGAGCUGUAUUGUUCUUUGUGUUGUCAGAGAUGUCAGUCGUUAACUCGAUGUACCAGUACUCUUUGAAUUCGUACCUUGAAGUAUUUGGCUUGUCUUUGAGGAAGAGUUUACCAGACACCAUUCUACCCAAGAGGCUUAAAAACAUCAUGGAUACUUUGACAGUGAACGUGUACAACUAUGCAUGUACAGGUUUAUUUGAACGAGAUAAGUUGCUGUUUUCCUUUCAAAUGACAAUYAAGAUAAUGGAAGCCGAUGGCAACCUGAAACAAGAAGAACUUGACUUCUUCCUCAAAGGCAACAUAGCUCUAGAAAAGAGUGCUCGUCAAAAGCCCUUCCCAUGGAUACCAGAUCAAGGCUGGGAGGACAUCAUUCGUCUUUGUACAGUCGCACCAGACGUGUUUGCAUCAUUGGCUGAUGACAUUGAACGCAAUGAGUCUGUCUGGAAAGAGUGGAAUGACCAAGAUGCACCAGAGGCUCAUCCUUUCCCCCUCAAAUACGAGGAAAGUCUAUCAGACUUCCAGCGACUUCUACUCUUACGAUGUUUCCGUGUUGAUCGUGUUUACCUUGCCAUUACUAACUUUGUAACRGGWCGAAUGGGAGAGAAAUAUGUCACUCCACCAGUCAUCAGUUUUGAGGCGAUAUUUGAACAAUCAACACCUUAUUCKCCGAUCAUUUUCAUUCUCAGCCCUGGUUCUGAUCCAGCUAGUGAUCUACUAAAGCUUGCAGAGCGAUCAGGSUUUGGUGCGAAUAAGUUGAAAUUCUUAGCYAUGGGUCAGGGACAAGAAAAGCUUGCUCUACAACUUCUUGAGACUGCAAUUGCACGUGGUCAGUGGUUGAUGCUACAAAACUGUCAUUUGUUGGUCAAAUGGUUGCGGGAUCUGGAAAAGAAUCUYGAACGGAUUUCUAAACCUCACCCUGAUUUCCGGUUAUGGCUGACUACAGAUCCAACCCCUGAAUUCCCCAUUGGUAUUCUACAACGAUCGUUUAAGGUCGUAACAGAGCCACCUAAUGGACUCAAACUAAACCUUCGUAGUACCUACCACAAGAUAUCCAAUCAGAUGUUAGCAGAAUGUACCCAUGAUGCUUUUCCRCCGUUAGUGUAUGUUCUUGCGUUCUUCCAUGCUGUUGUACAAGAAAGACGAAAAUACGGCAAAUCAGGCUGGAACAUCGCCUAUGAUUUUAACGAAUCUGAUUUCCGUGUUUGUAUGACUCUCUUGAACACCUAUCUUACCAAGGCUACGACUAACGUUGAUGUCAAGAUACCUUGGGCAAGCUUAAAGUAUCUUAUAGGAGAGGUCAUGUAUGGAGGUCGUGUUAUCGAUGAUUUUGACCGUCGUGUAGUCAAGACCUACAUGAAUGAGUACAUGGGGGAUUUUAUCUUCGAUACCUUCCAACCAUUCCACUUUUACAAGAACGAGGAGGUUGACUACUGUAUUCCAAAGGGGGAAGGGGGUAAGAUAGAAGCUAACAGAGAUGUUUAUGCGGAUGCUAUUGAAGCGCUGCCAUUGGCUAAUACUCCUGAUGUUUUUGGGCUGCAUCCUAACGCAGAGAUUGGAUAUUACACUAACAGUGCAAAGGACAUGUGGCUUAAACUGGUUGAGUUACAGCCACAAACUGCAGGCGAUGCUGGUGGUAUCAGUCGAGAGGAGUUUAUUGCUAAGAUUGCUAGUGACAUACAGACGAAACUACCGCCAUUGUUUGAUGUUGACAGAAUACGAAAGAACAUUGGUGAUAUUACACCAACAACUGUUGUCUUAUUGCAAGAACUUGAUCGAUUCAAUGUUCUUAUUAAGAAAAUGUCCACUUCUUUGAUCAACUUGCAAAGGGCGUUGGCAGGUGAGGUUGGUAUGAGUAACGAGCUCGAUGAAGUGUCGAGAUGUUUGUUUAACGGUCAGAUACCAACUUCAUGGCGUAAGUUAGCACCAGCAACCUUAAAGUCACUUGGGAACUGGAUGGAGCACUUCAUGAAACGACUUGACCAAUAUACUCGAUGGGUGAACGACGGUGAGCCGGCAGUAAUCUGGUUAUCAGGACUUCAUAUUCCCGAGUCAUACCUUACUGCUCUGGUACAAGCAACAUGUCGUAAAAAUGGUUGGCCGCUUGACCGAUCGACUUUAUAUACAACCGUCACCAAGURCACAACAGCUGAUAAGGUUACUGAACGUGCUCACUCUGGCUGCUUUGUCAGCGGUCUUUAUUUGGAAGGUGCUUCGUGGGACCUAGAACAGUCGUGCUUGCGUAGACCAAGACCUAAAGUCCUUGUAGAAGAACUACCCAUACUGAAAGUGAUCCCUAUUGAAGCACAUCGACUCAAGUUACAGAACACGUUCAGGACUCCAGUGUAUACCACAUCACAAAGACGUAAUGCAAUGGGUGUUGGUUUAGUAUUUGAGGCUGAUUUAGCAUCGCUGGAACAUGACUCGCAUUGGGUGUUGCAAGGAGUCUGUCUUACUUUGAACUCCGACUAAAAACAUCAGAUUCUUCAAAGAAAAUUAAAAAAAAAGUAAAUUAAUGAGUGAAAAAAAUAUUAGAACAAAGUCAAGGAAGUUAAAUUAUUCUAUAGACAGUUUGUGAAGUGGUUUUAGCCAAUUUUAUUUAUUUUUGUAUUAGAUAUCUUCGACUGUUUGAUGUAUAUAAAGAAUUCUUGAAAUAAAACAGUUUUCACAUUGAUA